AAGCACACUCCGUUACGUCGUCGCACGUGAGAGUGGCAUAACCGAUGUCCAGCUAGCUGUCAGUGAAACAAAUUAAGAUUACAAUGGCCCCACCUGCCAGAAGGCCCAGCAAAGGGCCCACUUUUGCCUAAUUCUCCGUAAAUACGACGCCCCGUGGAGACGAUCUGACGAUUGACGAAGCGAGGUGGAGAGCAAGAAGCCAAGAAGAUGGCCGUCGUCCCCGACUGCGUCUCCUCCUGCGGCAGCAUCAACAUGCGCCGCCUCGACCACCCGCUCCCGCUCCCGCUCCCCUGCGUCGGCGAGCCCACCGCCGCCUCCCGCGUCUCGCCGGGGUCCUCCCCCGCCCGCUCUGACGCUUCCGAGGGCGCCGCCGCGUUCUACGCUGCGGACGACGAGCCCGAUCCCGAGCCCGCGGCAUCCGUGGGGAGGAGCACGCAGAUGCUGCUCGCGAUGGCCGCCAUGGGCGGACGCGGAGGCCCCUACGGCCGCCGCCCGGCUUCGUCCUAUGGCAGCUGCGCCGCGUGGAGCGCCGGGUCUCUCACUGAUCACCGCCCAGCCUCUCCGUCCCCCAUAUGCAGCCCCGGUAGCAGCAAAGGCGGCGACGGCUGCCAGGACGGCGGAGAGCGCCGCGACGGUGGUGACGAUGACGCAUCCUCGUUCGUCACGUCACGGGAGGAAGAAGAAGAGCAAGAGAGGUUACCAACCAGAGGAGAUUUCGCGAAGCUUUGUGCUACGCCACGAAACAUCAGGCUACAGACUCCCAGGCACCCUUCUCUGCUGGAUAGGAGAGUUGACGGAUCCAAUCGAGGACCUCCAAGAUUCGUCCACAAGGCCACACCAGCAAGAUUGAUGCGCCGUGCUCGCUCCUCACAUAAUUACCAUGGGCGGCGUUUGGGGGCAAUUGAUGCUGUCAAUGAAUGGAGAUUACCUAAAGUCAGUGAAGAGGAAGAUGAGGCAGUGGAUCAAAAUGACUGGCAAGCUGAUACUGUGUCCUCUCGUAUAUCCUCAGCUCGUGAUUGGAACUUUGAGCCUGAUGGUGUCUAUGAGGAAAACAAUCAAGGUGGUCGUGCUUUUGGCAAUUCAGAUGGCGAGGAUUGUCCAGUUGCAGUGCAAAGGAUGGAGAGACGACUCCGGGGCUCUGCCGUUAAACCUAAGGAAAAUUUUGUCCAAGCCAAGUUGGUUGCCUGGAAGGAUGCACAGAUCACAAAGCUCAUAGACAAGCUGAAAAGGAAAGAAGCCAACAUCGAUGACUGGCAGAAGAGUAAGAUUACACUGGCCAGGAAUGAAAUGACAAAAACUGAGAUGAAGUUGGAGAAGAAGAGAGCUGAAGCAGUACAGAAGAUGCAAAAGGCGAUAAAACAGGCACAGAAGAAAGCCGAUAACAAGAAAAUCAAGGAGCAGGCAGCCACUGCCAAUCAAAUAGCUGGUGUUGAGAGGGCUCUGGUGAAGAUGUCUAGGACAGGAAAGCUCCCCUGGUCACUGGCUUUUCUGUGAUCCAGCUCUUCACUUUUGUUAGUUCCAGACAAGCCGGUUGUCAUAAGAUGUUACCAGUACCAGCACGACAAGGCUAAAAGUAGAGAAAUCGGCAUUGUCAAAUACUGAAAAAAUUACCAUAUGCUUAUGCAGUUAUGCUGUACAAAAUUAUAGUUUGCUGUCCUAGGAUGAUAAAUGUUUCAGGUUAUAAGACACUUGAUCACAUUUGAACAGUGAUUCUUAAACAUAACAUGAGAAUCCAGGGGCAGAUUAUAGAAGUCACCCCUUUUGUUGUGGCUGCAAUUACUGUUCUGAACAAUAACAUUCCCUUUCUCCCUAUUGGAGAACAUAUAUGUAGUGUCAGGCUGAUGAGUAUGGGAUGAUGAUAUAUCC